UAUAUCUGAAUAAGAGCCUAACCAAUUCCAUCUCGUAACGUACUUGUUUGUAUGGUUUGUUUUACUCAUAUGAACAUGUUUUCUGUGACUUUGAUUUAACGAAAUUUGAGCCGUUUGUGGCAAUUUUCAGAGGCACAUUUGUAGAGCUGUAACUUUAUCACCAGAAAGGACAUUCAUUUCUGAAUGUAUUCGAUUCGCAAGAAAGUAAAAUUAAUAACCGUUAAAGUCGGCAAGUAAAAAAUCUGAAAAUUCCGUGUUCAUACAGCAACAGUGCGGACAGUUAAAUAUGCUAGUCAUUCUCUAAAUAUAAUGUUUGCUGACGCAUUGUUGCGUGUGUGUGUGUGUGCUCGGUAGGGCGAGGAAAUUCAACCACGCGUUGAAUUUGCUGAGUAAUGGUUGCCUUUAUUACAAGGCGUCGGGCUUUAAAGCUCGAUUUUGUGCUAGUUUUUCUACCUAGAGUUAGAAUAUGUUAUUUAUGUGAUUAUUGGAUUGUAUCGUGUUUUUAGGUAGGAACUAUAGUUUUACCAACGAAGUAGUUUCACGUUUUCUUAGUUAUUAAAAAGCGUGACCACCUAUAUAGCAGCACGAAUUUGCAGUGUUAGGCACAAUAAAACGUUUCUUGAAAAAAUGUUGUUUUAUGGCUUUAUUUAUUUUGUAAACUUUUGAAAAAAAACUUUUUUGUUGAAAUCCUUAAUAUUUCCUUUAGAAAUUAUUAGUCUUUAUCGAAUUUAGCAUCAGACAAAAAGCAAAAUGGUUGCAGGAAGUGGCAUGGGAAACUCAGUACACCUUAAAGAAGGUUCUCCAGAGCCAGCGGCAGUAGCAAAAGGCGUACUGCGAGUUUACGGAAUGAAAUUUUGUCCGUAUGUUCAUCGUCUUAAAUUGGUUCUUGCUGCAAAAGAAGUUGCGCACGAAACUAUCAACAUCAAUCUAAAAAGCAAACCAAAAUGGUAUUUUGCAAAGAACCCACAGGGAAAAGUUCCCACUAUUGAGAUAGAUGGUAACGUGAUCUAUGAAUCUGAUAUCACCUCAGAAUACGUCGAUGCAGUUUACCCCGGAAGAAAGCUGUCAACUACGGACGCGUUAAAAGCUGCAAAUGAGAAAAUGCUUCUUGUAUAUUGGGGUAAUAAGAGCGUUACCAAUUUCUACAAAUACUGCAUGGCCAAACCUGACGAUAAGGAAGCGAAAGAUGCCGCCUUAGCCACGCUGAAAGAAGGGCUGGAGUACUUGGCCACAUUCUUGAAAAAGAAUGGUUCAGUUUUCAUCUGUGGUUCUCAACCAGGAUUGACCGAUUACUUUCUUUAUCCGCACCUGGAACGCAUAAACGCUAUUGUUCCUGCUGUAGACCUGAAACAAAUACCAAAGGUGAAAACGUACUUUGAUCAAAUGCAAGAAGACAAAGCUGUGAAAUCGUGUCGUUUCUCGGACGAGCUGCACCGCGAGUUCGGUCGAAAAGCUGUGGCAGGAGACAUCGGAGCUUACGAUAUUGGGCCUGUAGCUCAAUAGCUAUGUUCGCCCUGCUGUUUGGUGUAACUUUUUUAAAAUAAUUUAAACAUUUACUGACAAAAUUGCGUGUAGUUGUACAUACAAACAUUUUUUAGGGAAAAAAAAUCGUUGUUGAUCAAAUUAAAUCAAGAGUCGUUUAUGUUGAA